AUGGAUAUCGCUGAGGUAAGGAGUUUCAAGGUGAUAAUGCUUUUCAAGAAGUUUUUUUCAGAAAAUCAUCACGGAUUCGUUGAUGCAACAAACUUUUGGCGAAUUUGAGGAGACGUUGAGGAACGCCGCUAAAUUGAAGGUUAAUUUUGAAUAUUAUUCUAUAAAUUCGUUGUUGUGUUGUGUUGUUCUUGUCUUUGAAAUGUUUUGUGAGUGAAAAAUGCGAAAAAGCACUUGGGUUUUGAGAUCUUCUUGAGGAAAAUAUUGAUUUUUUGCUGCAAAUACCAGAUUUUCAGCUAUUUUCAAGCGCAGGCUUGGAGAAAAUCAGUAAACAGAUUUUAUAUGAAACAUUCAGUCUGGAGAAAGCUUUCAAGUGAAUUUUCAGCCUAGAUUAGACAAAAAUCAGUUUAAAUAUGGUUUUAGCUGGUUUUUUUUAAGUCUAGAGUUGAAAAAAGCUGAAAAUAGCACAUUUCCAAUGAAAAAUCCUGAAGUUUCAAUUGGAAAGCUCACUCUACACUAAAUUUUCCAUUAAAAAGUCUGUUUACUGUUUUUCUCCAAGCCUAUGCUUGAAAACGGCUGAAAAUCUGAUAAUUACAGCAGAAAAUCAAUAUUUUCCUCAAGAAGAUCUCAAAACUCGAUAAAAAUUGCAGAUUUUCUUUUUGUUUCUAGUGCUUUUCCAUCCUGCAAAGCACAAAAAAGAAUGUUCUUUUCCCUCUUUCUCUCGCACCCUCCUCUCUCUCACACUGCCUUCAUUUUUUCGAAAUAAAAAAAUGAAAAAAGUGUCUGCUUCUCUGGCUUCUCUGUCCGAAAUGAUGAUUUUGAAAAUAUUUGUUUUCUCGUUUUUUUGGCGCCAAAACAAAAAUUAGGCUAACUUCUAAUCAAAAUUUCGUGAACUUUUUGUUGUUUUGCAGCAAAUCUUACCGGACGAGACGAAACAAUCGACGACUGCGGUAAUUAUGCAACUCUUGGGCAAAAAAGAGAAAAAACCGUGAGUUUUUGGGAUUUUUCUUGCAAAACCUGCGAAAGUUCGAGAUUUCUGGUGAAUUUUCAGUGUUUUCACCCAAAGAUGAUGAAAAUCGGCCAAUUUUAAGCUGGAAAUUAUGAAAAUUGAUGGAUUUUCGUUGGGAAAUUGGAAUUUUUGAUGAAAUUUAGGAUUUAUGAUGGAUUUUCACCUGCUGAACACAAUCCUGAUGUCCGAAAGUAGUUUCCAACCACAGGAUCUUGUUCAGCUGGUAAAAAUCUAUUAGAAAACCUAAAUUUCAUCAAAAAUCCCAAUUUCCCAUCGUAAAUUCAUCAAUUUUCAUGAUUUCUAGCCUAAAAUUGAUGGAUUUUUAUGAUCUUUUGACGAAAAAUCUGAUUUUCAGCCAAUUUCCAGAUUUUUGACACGUAUUUCUUGUUGUUUAGGGUCACCUACGACGAAGAAAUGGAUUUCAUCGAUGAUGGGUGAGUUUGCAUAAUUUCUUUUCUGAAUUUCUCAUUUAUUUUUUUGCAGUGCGGAAGAAGUUGUUGUUCCGCCACGCGCAUCGACGCAUCGACGCGGAAAUCCAGAGCAACACGUGCAAGAGUUGGGUCCGAUUUCGACGGAUAGAUAUGAUAGAAUGGAGUGUGGAACUGUAAUCGGAAGUGGAAAAACAGGCAAAAAUAAGAAAAAGAAGAAGAAGAGGCCGAUGACUGAACUGGAAAGACAAUUGGCUGAAGAGAGGAAGAAGGAGAGAGAGCAAAUUAAUAAGACGGGAGAUGAGGUUGGAUUUUUGGUGGAAAGUUCUGGAAGCUAGAAUUUUGAUUCACAACUUGGAUAAUAUUUUUCAGCACAUUGGAAAACCUCAUAGAAUUUCAAUUUAUCAAAAAAUGCUGAAAACCCAUUUAGAACUUUAUGAGGUUUUCGAAUGUGCUGAAAAAUAUUAUUCAACUUUGAUUUUUCACUUGGAACAUGGCACAUACUCAAAUCUAACUUUGGAGCUCUAAAAAGAUGCUAAAGAUGCUUUCUGGCAAUUUUUAACUUCAGAAUCGUGAUUGAUUUAGUAUGCUUUAUCAAAAGUUCAUUUUUAGACAUUUUGAAUUUCCCAACAGUUGGAAAUGUGAUUCAGCUGGUCCGAAUCAAAAUUCAGCAUUGAAAAUCAAUAUUCUAGCUUCGAAAAAAAAAAUCAAUAUUCUAGCUUGAAAAUCAAUAUCCUUCUGAUUUUCCCCCCGAAAAAAACCCUCAAAAAAUCAAUAUUUUCUUCCAGGAAGAACAAAUCCGUCAAAACAAUCAUACAGAAAAUAUCAGACCAGAUGAGCGAAUUCUCGGCCCAGGCUCCGGACCAAUGUUCACCUCAUUGACCCCGCUUGCAAUCGGCUCCGAUUUGUUGCAAAGAAAUAUGCUGACACCGGCGAAUUAUGCAUUGAUCACACAACAACAACAAUUACAACAACUACAACAACAACAACAAAGACCACCACUACAACCACCCUUGCAGUUAGCAUAUCAGCCACCAUUGCAACCGGCUUAUGACGUGGGUUUUUUGCUGGGCUGGAAAAUUGGGCAUUUUUUGACACUAAAUAAGCCUAUGAGCUCCGAAAUUUCGGAUUUUGGGAAUUUUUUGCUGAAAAUUUUGAGAAAGUUGCUCGGAAUUUCUGAGCGAUUUGAGAUUUUCAGGCUGAAAAAACUGGAAAAUUGUGAUUUUUCAAGAAGUUUGCCACGUGGAUUCUUGAAGCUAAAUAUUUGUGAUGUUUUGAUAUCAAACAAGCUGAAACUUCAAAAUAGCUUGAAGUCCAGGAAAAUCUGAAAUUUUAAAGCAUACUUAUGGAUUUUUAGAAGGAAAAUUCACGAAAAUUUUGUACCAAAACAAAAAAAAUCACGUGUUUUUUUUCUCUUUUUCCCACUUUCUCCCAUUUUUUCUCAAUUACUACCAAAAAAAAUCUGCUUGUCAUCAAAAAUUGCUAUUUCGAAACACCUCUCGGCAAAAAAAAACGAGAGAGAUAACAAAAAGUUUGUUGGUUCGCGAAAAAUCUCGUGGCGAGACGCAAAAACAGCUGAUUUUCUGAUUUUAUAACGAAAAUUUGGGCGAAAUUCGGGUUUUUGUUGUUUUUCUUUGUCCGCAAGCUUCCGCGUAGCGGCCACGUGGAUUAUUAUGAUAUGGCAAACGUCAUAGUAAUCCACGUGGCACCAUUCGCGGAAGCUUGCGGAAAAUAUUGAUCUACAAUUUCACACUCGCAAAAAAUUGUAUAAUAAUAAUAAUAUAAUUUUUUGACAUUUGAUCUACCCACUUUUUCUCUUCCUAUUUGUCAUCACAAAUUAUUUGGUUUCAAAUAAUUUUCAGAGCGACAGAAAUUGUGGCCAAUUUUCUCUCUCAUCCCCUUUUCUGUGUGUUUCACACAGAAAAAAGUGGAAAAUUUUGUUUUGGCCGUUUUUUUUGGUAUCAUUCGAUUCGGUUUUCGUAUUUUAUUUUUGUCAUUUCUCUCCAUUUCGCUCUCUCUUUCCAAAUGUUUUUGUUUUCGAUUGAUAUGGAUUUUUGUUGCAAACUUUUACCUUUCUCUCUUUUCUCACAAGGUAACUCUAGAUAUUUGAUAAAAGUAGUUUUCGACCCGCUGAUCACGAUCCAGUUGUAAAAAAUUGCAAAACUCAACUUCCUGAUGAGUUAUGACGUGGCAAAGUCGAAAAUUACCUUUAUCAGAUAUAUAGAGUGAAAGUUGCAACCUUUCUCUUAAAUUCGUAUUUUUUCGUAUUCUCCUAAUUUUUUUUCACAAAAACUCCAAUUUUUUGGGUAAACCAUGUCUACUUCUUCUUCACCAACUUCUCAAUUUGAACUCAACAACAACAGUCGAUUCCAAAAAAUCGAUUUCGAAUUGGCGCGACAUUUGGGAUUCAACAAUUUGUUUACGGUGAGGACGCGCAGAAAAUUUCGUUAUUUUGAAGCGGUUGAGAUAAUCUUGAGCUAGGAAGUGUGCGAUACUGACAAUUUUGAAACCACGCCCACUUUUCUGUGCCAGACUUGCAAAAUUUAUCAUUUUCGACAAUUUUUCUGUGCUUCGGACUGUAAUGUUCAUAAGAUUCGUUAUUUUGAGCCAAAAAUGGGUCAUGCAAGCAUUUUUGAAGAUGCGGAUCCCUUUUCUGUGCCCUACACCUGAAAAUCUAAAAACCUAGUCAUUUCGAGCCUGAAAACUGUGUCCGGCUUGCAAUUUUCUUAGCUUCGUCAUUGUUUCGGUACUUUAAGCCAAACCAAAAACUGUGCCAGAUUUGCAUUUUCUCAGAUUUCUCCCAUUUUGAGUGAUCUUGGCUUCAAAAUAUCAUUACCAUUUUAGGCCGAAAAACUGUGCCAGACAGUUUUUCUCGCCUUUGUUCCGGAACAUUUUCAAAUUUAUGAAAUUGUGAAGCUUCAUCCGUUUUCUACACUCUGAGCUCUGGAAUUCAUGAAUUCUACAAAUUCAAGCCUGAAAACUAUUUCCAACUGUUGCAAUUUCUAAGCCACGCCCACUUUUUCUAUCCUAAACUUUCAACCAAAAAUGAGUCAUCAGAUGUGGCAAAAUUUGUAUUUUUUCAAGGCCAAAGUUCCCACACUGCCGCUAGCGGCACAAAAAAAUCGAUUUUAUCAGAAAAUAGUGUGUUCAUUGCUGCCCGCCGUCCAGCGCUUCACUAUUUUUUAGUCGUAUUCCCACCUCAAUUUUUUCUUGCCUCACUUGUAUCUUGUUGUCGCGGAAAACAGUGGCGCCCUAGGCUCCGCCCCGUUUUGCGCGCACACACAAAAAUUGUGUAACAGGGAAUGAUUUUUUCCUCUUCUUUGCUCUGGUGAAUCAUUCCUCGUUGUACGCCAAAAAUUGGUGACUAUCAUCGUGUUUCUUCUAUUGUUCUAGUAUUAUUUUCCUAGCUACUUACUAGUAUUUAUUCUUGUACUUUUUAUGAGUUUUUUUGAUUUGAACGAAGUCUGGUAUUGGCUUAUUACCCUAGUAGUUCUGCUAAGUCUCAAGUGGUUCACUUGGAUGUGCUUUCAGAGGACUGUAGAGAAAAAUGAGAAGAAGCGGAAAGCUGUGGCAGAAAAACGUGUGAAGGAAGAGGAGGUUGGUUUUCUGGCGAAUUUUCUGAAAAUCUGAUGGUUCUAUGGGAUUUUUGGCUGAAUUUCCGAGAAAAAACUGGUUUCUAGGCUGAAUUAAUAAAAUCUGAGUUUUCGGCCAUUCCCUGUUUUUUAACCUAUAAAGAAAGGUUCUCUAUUAAUUUUCUCGUGAGAUUCCGACAUAGGCUUGGAGAGACUAGAAGCUCAGGUUUUUAUUAUGAAUUCCCUUGAAAUUCCAGGUAUUACAGAAAACUGGUGUUUCUCGAUGUUUCUCCAUGAAAUUUCGAUUUUCAAUACGAAAAAUUCAUCAUUCUAGUUGAUUUUGGACCUCGUAAAUCCACGUAGCAAAAUUUUGAAUUUUCCCCUGUAAGUCCACGACGGACUCCACGUGUAUUUCGACCAAACGGCUGAAAUUUUGAGAAAAUGAGAAUUUUUUCAGAUUUCUAUGCUUUUUCCGAUUUGUUUACAUUAGAAUCUUGAAUUUCAGACCAAAGUUGAGGUUUUCAAGUGAUUUUUUUUCCACAAUCUUGGUCUUAUUCCACGUGACAAGAUGACAAGUUUUUUCUCAAAAUAAAAAGUUUUCUCGAAAGUUCUCUAGACCACGCCCCCUUUUUCGUGUUUUGAAAAGAAACUGCGUUUUUUAGUUAUUACAAAAAAUGUAUCGAUUUUUUCCUUUGACGAUAUUUUUUCCGGCUGAAAAUGUACAUUUUUAGCCCAUAAAAUGAAUGUAAUCGAUGGUUAUCAGCGGCGACAGCGAAAAAACAGUAGACUUUUGUCGUUCGGUGUUCCAGUCAAAAAACAUGCAUUUCUUCAUUAUCAGUUUUUUGUUCGGUUGGGGGCAAAUUGAUAACGAGAAAUUUUUGUUUUUUUUUAUGGCGGGGAAAAAAAUUAUGGCCAAAUUAUAUACUCAGGCAGUAGAAAACUCCGGAGUUUCGCCGAAAUGGAACGAGAAUGUCGCGAAAAAGGCUCCAAACCCGGUUCCGGAUCUUUUCUCGGUACGCUUUGGCGAUUCUCCGGAACUUUUUUGUCGAUUCUCCAGAGUUUUUUUGUUUUUGUCGCCUGCUUUUUUCGAAUACAUUCUAGUGUUUCACUCUCAAAAAUCAAUAUUUAUUUUCAACAAACAGGAAAAAUGAGUUAUUUUCUGAUUGUUUCAAUCUCCUAACGAGUAGAAUAUAAGCAUCAGAAGAUUCCUUUGGCAUUCUAAUGAAGAUUGAGUGUUGACUUAGGCAAUUUUUUGACGAGAACUUCUGUUUCUUAUCAUUUUGAGCCAACGAGGAGAGCUGCAGCACUGUGUGGAGACGCCAUACGCGCAUUUCAUGCUGAAAAUUAAAAAAGGAUAAUAGAUUUAUAAGGAUGAUUCUCCAAGAGUAUUAUUAAUCGUAAUUUCUCACUUUGAAAUUGUGAACGACCUUUUUGAGAUAGGAUGUGAUAAUGGUCAUAAACUUGAAAUUUGGAAACUUUCAAAGCUCAAAAACUCGAAAAAACGUUCAUCGAUUUUCUUUCUCAUGACUCACCUCAUAAAUAGAAUACAUCUUGUGAUUCAGGAUUUUGGAAUUAUUGCAAGGCGAUCCUCCAGAAAUGAAAAUUGAGCGAGCCUCUGCUUUCAAAUUCUCCUAGCACGAGGGAUUCCAAUUGAAUCUAUAAUUAAAACUAGUAUUCACUUCUGUUGAAGAAACUUCACUCACCAGGAGCAAAAAUCGCUAAUUGUAUUCCAAGUCCAGGUUGACUUUUAUCCAUAUGGAGUCCAGGUUGACUUUUUUUCCAUAUAUGUCAUGCAUGACGAUUUCGUAGGACGCACAUUGCUUCUAGACGAUUUCAAUUGUCUGAAAAUUAUCAAAUCAGGCAAAGACACGCUGAAAACUGAGCAUUUUUGAAGGAAUAGCAAAAAUUAGAAAAACGAAAAAAAAAUGAAAUGAAAAAAAUGACUAGUCAUUGUCAUCAUUCGAUGGAGCGCGUUCGAUCGACAGCGAUUUGCUCCGGAGAAUCGCCAAAACCAAACUAGAAAGGCGUGCCAAACUAGAAAAAACAGGCGCUCUCUCGAUUUUCUGUACCCACUUUGGCCAAUCUCCGGAGUUUUUGCGUUUUCUGGUUCCCCUCCGGAGUUUUCUACUGCCUGAGUAGUUUUGUGCAGAAAAGAGGGAUUUUUUCUAUAUAUAAAUCCACGUGGCAAACCCCAAAUUUUCCUCCCACAAAUCCACGUGGCGGAUUUUGGGUUUAAAAAUUAGAUUUUGAAUUUUUCUGGAAUUUUUAAAGCUAAAAACAUUGGGGCCACGAACCUAGCCAAUUUUCAAAAAUUUAAAUUUUCAGUCAAAAAAUAGUUUUUUUUGCAGUUCAAUCCGGAAUUGUUGAAUCAAAGAAAAGAGGAGAAGCCAGCAGCAAUUGAAAUGAAACCAGUACAACAACUACAACAAAGAAAGGGCAAAAAGAAGAAGGAAAAGGGAUUGGAGAAUGAAUAUACUGUAGCAGAGAAUGGUGAGUUUUUAAGGGGGUUGAGCUGAAAAUUUAGCCGAAAAAACCAGAAAAAUGGAGCAUUUUGAAGCUGAAAAAUUAUGAAUCUGAAAUUUCCAAAAAUCGAACAAUUUCAGGGAUUUUUUGAGCUGAAAAUCUUGUAAAUUUAAAAUUAGAAUUCAGAAAUUAUCAACUAAAAUUAAUUUCAUUGAAAAUCGAUUUCACAGGUUUUCCCACAUUCAGAAUUCCACGAAGAUCUGAAUUGUGAAUCUAAAUUUUUUAAAAGAAUUCUGAAGUUCUCGAAAUCUUCAGAAUUCAAUGUAAAAACUCAGAUUUUUUGCGAAAAUUUGAAUUCUGGGCCAAAAUUCAUGAAAAUUAAUCUUAUCUCAAAAAUUUUAAAUUUUUUGAACAGAAAUUUUGAAAAUCUGUAAUUAAAGCUCAGUUCUUGAAAUUUCGAAUAAUUUCUCCAAAAUCAGUGAAAAAUUCUUGAUUUUUCGGAAUUUGAAAAAAAUGAAAAACCAGAAAAACUCUGAAAAUUCGUCUUGAUUUUUUGAAAUUCAAAUUUCCUAGAUUUUCGCCAAUAACCAGUUUUCCCCCUCUAAAAUCCAAAAAUUCUGCCCCAAUUCCUUUUGCAAAAAUCGUCUUGAAAAGUUUCAAAUUUCUUCGAUUCCAUUCGCAUUUUUUGUCUCCUUGCAAUGUUUAUUUAUUCUUUGCAUUUUACUCUGCACCCUCUUCAUUUCACACACUCACUCUCUCGCCUUUCAGUUUUCUCAAUCCAUUUUUGGACACACAGACACAAGAAGAAGAAGAACUAUUUAAUAAUAACACAUACACAGCCCAAGAGGAUGUAAGAGAGCGUCUCUUACUUGCUGUCUGCGUCUCUUCAUCUCUCACCCGUUCGUCUCGCACUCUCUCGUCUCUAGUCGUGGUCUUUUUUUAUAGCACAGGCCCCAGUUGUUGUUUGGUUGUUUUGGGAGGGUUUUUGGGUCUCGAUGUGUUCCCGCGUAGGUUGAAUGAGCGUGGCGUUGGUCCGGAAAUUUAGCAUAACUUUAUUCUUUGGAUUUUCCUAGUCUCUCCUUGUUGUUGGAGAGUUUUUGGUCAUUUUCAUUGAUUUUCUGAUGGUUUUGUAGGGUUUUUGGAUUUCUGACAAUUCAGUUGGGUUUUCAGAGGAUUUUGAAUCAUUUUCUAACAAUAUUUCGGAUUUUCUGAUGGUUUUCAAAAUUUAGUUGUGAUUUUUGAAUAAAAUAUAGUUUCUCUAAUAGAAGCAAAUCUAAAUUCCGUUGCCACGUCAUAACCAACAUUGGGAGAGUGACCAUUUUGAUAAGAAUUUCUUUAAUUCUUACUGAAUUUCUGACUGAUUUCAUAGAUUUUCUGGUUUCUCACGAUCUCCUACAAGUUCGAGCCCUCAGCUCAAUUUUGAGUAUGAGUUAUGACGUGGCAACCCGCAAUGUUCCGCGUCAAAUUCCACGUGGAAUAUCAGUAUGAUUUCCACGUCAUUGCUAUGUGGAAGCUUGCGAUCUAUAAAAAGCUAGCUAACGCCCAGGAGAUUUGAAUUGAUUACUUAACCUCAAAAAAUGAGUACUCUAUCAUUCUUUUUAUCAUUCAAACUUUGCUACGUCAUAACUCAUAUUGACCAGUUUCUGACACCGAAAUCGUUAUCAAUGUAUCAAAAAAUACCAUUUUUUGAGUCAUUUUUCAUAUUCUAAAUCAAUAUUUUUGCAGAGUUUAACAACACUCAACGUUCACUUUCUGAUAUCUUGUUGGAACUCGGCGAAACAGUGUCUGUUGAACCGAAAGGAGCCGGUGCUAAGAAGGGAAAUAAGAAGAAUAAAGGUGUGACGGCUGAGAACACCAAGGAACAGGUUGGUUUUCUGGAAAAUUUACGGUUUUUCAUCCUAAAGUUCCUAGUUUUAUGCAAAAAUCCUAAUUGUUCUCUUGCAGAACAACAAAAACAAGAAGAAAAAUCAACCGAGUUCUUCCAAUUCUUCCAACAACAACAACAAUAAUAAUAAAAUGGAGCAAAAUAUGAUUAGCGAAGAGGAAAAUGUAACAACCACAGCUAUUGCUGCCACCGCUGCACCUGUUCAAACGUGAGUUUUUUUUUUUUGGCUGAAAAUUGGAUUUUUCAUGAAUUUUUGAUCUAGAAACUGAGAAAUUUCAAGAUUUUCAGCAUUAAAAAAUCUCAGCAAAUUUACGUUUCAAAUUUUGCUUAUCAAUAUUUUUCGAAAAUUACGAUUUAAUAAAUCCUUUUCCGAUUCUGUAAAUACAAUUUUGGUUUGAAUUUUGAAAAAUUGAUAUUUUGGUAAUUUGAUUACCUAAAACUAUGCUUACUGAAUAUUUUCUAUAGUUUUUUACACGAAAAUUGAUUUUUUGAAUCAAGAUUCAUGACAAUUGAUGUUUUUUGAGAAGAAAAUCUUGAAAAAUUAAGAAUUCUAGGUCGAAAUUCAUGAGAAAGAGCUUUAUGUGCUCUCAAAAAAGCUAAACAUUCUGAAAAAUAUCAAUUUCCCCAUUUUCAGAAAACGGUCAUCAUCUGGAGUCAAUGGAGGUCCUUGGGAAGACGCGGAAGAGGAAUUCAUGUCGGCGGACGAGGAUUUGAAAACUCCGCCAACUGAAUUUGUCGACGCGCGGACAACCGCAACUGCAAAUUCUACAGUAUCCCCACAACAAGGAACACAAGGAAUUUUGCACGAUCCAUCGAAUUAUCGAGAUGACAAAGAAGUUGAAUUGUUGGCCAAACAAUUGAAAGAGCAAGAAGAUGAAUUUAUUACUGUUGGAGGCGGAAAAAAUAAUAAUAAGAAGAAUAAGGCACAACAGCAACGGAAUUCGGCAGUUGAGGAGCGUAGAAAUUCGCCGCCCAAGAAUGCGGAACAACAAAAUGGACGGAGAUAUUCGGUGGAGAAGAAUGGUAAGGGGUUUUGGGAGGAAAAUUAAGGGAAAAGAGGGAUUUUGAGCUGAAAAUUGUGAAAUUUGAUGAAUUUUGAGCCAAAAAGUUCCUUCCUUGGAGGUCAAAAAUUGAUCCUUUGGAUGAAUAUUAAGCUGAAAAUCGAUGAAAAUUUUGACUCUAUAAAUGUGAAAAAUUGUAGUUUUCAAGGUUUUCAGCAUGAAAAUGACCUGAAAUCAAUCCAAUCCUAAAAUUGAACAUUUUGGAUGAUUUUUGAGCUUAAAUUCAUAAAUUUGAAGUCUAGAAAUCUGAAAUUUUGUAAUUUUCUUGAUUUUUAGACUGAAGAUCGUGAAAAAACGAACCUGGAUCAAAAUUCAUGAAAAAUGAUGAAUUUUAACACUAGAAAUCUGAAAUUCAGUAAUUUUCCCUCGAAAAACCAACCUGAAAUUUAUAUUUUGCAGCUUCAUCAUCCCAACAACAACACAACAAAUCUCAAAACAAUCGUCCAGUUCCACAACAAUCGACAAAUUUGGGAGAAUUGUUGGAAGUUUCAAAGAAAGAGACACAUAAGAAUGUCAAACAUCACGGUGGACACAAUUAUCAGAGACGUAGUGCCAAACAAGAGGAAGAGGUAAGGGGUUUGGAGAAUUUUGAUCCGAAAUUUGGGAUUUUUGAUUAAUUUUGAGCCGGGGAGCACUAUUUUUUAUGAAAUUUGAUCUAAAAAUCACGUUUUGGACCCUAAAUGACCCUAGUUACCCUGAAUUUCAAUUUUUCAGAUUGUUGGAUUUGUUGAUGCGUUGGAAUCUUCGUCGCCGAUCAAUGUUAAUACUAAUGUGAGUUUUUAAAGGAAUUUUAGCCUAAAAUUAACCAAGAAAUCCUGAAAUUAAAUUUGGAAAAUUCCAGCCUAAAAUUGACCUAAAAUCCUGAAUUUUCCAGCCUCCAACCAGUGGUUUUUCAUACGCUGACGCUGCCAAAAAAUCAUCAAGUGGCGAAAAUUCGCCACAAAAUGAGAUGCGAAGCCCAACUGCCAGAACUCCAGCUGAAACUUCAGCUCCAGCUCCAACUUCAGCAGCAGCUCAAGAAUCGUCAGCAGUUCAACCAAGUUCUCCACCAAAUGUGCAACUUCCACCUGGAAUUUCGCCACAAAAUGCAGUGGAAUCUGAAGUGUCGUUUGGAUAUGUUGAUCCCUCAGCACCUGCUGAUAAUUAUCAUGGAGAGGGGCCGAGUUCGGGACCGGUCGGAGGAUCAUCGCAAGAUCCACAGGAUAAUGAUUUUGUGUUGAAGUUUGGUAGUCGAGUUGUGAAGUUUGCCAAAGGAUUGGCCGAAGAUCCGAAGGAGGUUGAGGUGAGAAAUUUUGAUUUUUUUUUGAGAAAAAAUAAGUUUUUCGAACCGGAAACUUGAAAUUUUGGUAUUUUUCAUGAUUUUUCCUACGAUUUUGAGUCCUGGAGCAUUUUUCUAUAUUUAAGCUCGAAUUUUUGAUAUUUCUUGAGCUCAGGACUUGAAUUUAAAGCUUCAAGAGUUAAAUUUAAUUUUUCGCAAUUGUUUUUGAAACAACAAUCAGUUGAUUUUUUGAAAUGUAAUAAAAAUAAAAUUUUGAAACGUAUUUUUCCGGGAUUUUUUUCGAAGCUAGAAAUUCAGCAUUUCAGCAGAAAUUGACUGAAAAUUUGGAUUUUUAGCGAUUUUUUAUUCGAAAAUCCACGUGUAAUUCUAAAUUCUCCCACUUUUCAAAAAAUGCAAUAUAUAAUUUCAGGAGAGUCCGCUUCGAACCGCCCUCAUCAACAUUCUCAAAGACGAAUGGGACUUUUUCAAUUCGGGAGACGAACCGGAAGUCUACGAGGAAACAACACCAACUUCAUCUCCACCACCAAAAAAUCAAUAA